UGAUAAUAUUUUAUUAUAAAUACGAUUGAUUUAAUGUAUUUUGAAAUCAGAAUAGUUAAAGAAAUUAUACAAGUGAAAUACACAACAAAAAAUGAAAGUCAAUAUUAUUUUAUUAUUCCUUGCCAUUGGUGCUCACCAAAUUGCGGACGCAAUUGUAGUGGAUACUGAUUUAAAAGCAAUGCAAGGUGAAGUGAAAGCUAACGUAGAACUCGUCACUUCUGAAGCCGCUAAUGAAAAUCCAAACACAUUAACCGAUCAACGUGAAUUGGGAGACAUUCUAAACAAACAUGUGAAAUUAUUCGAUGAAGCUUAUGAAAAUGAUUUAAAGACUUUACAAAAUACAAUUGAAACUGCUCGUCAAAACGCUGGAAUUGGAAGUGCCAAAGCUUUAUGUUACAAAUUAGAAUUAACAAAAAUUGACCCAUUACGUGAGAAUGGUGUACAACGAGCUAAAGUUAUUAAUGAAAAAGUUGAUCAACAAGUUGAACAAUUAGUUGAAUCAACGAGAAUUUUAAUUGAUCAAACUAAAUUGGAUUUAGAUGUCAAAACUAUUGUUCAAUUAUGUAUGAAAAUUUACACUGGUAUUGGUCAAGAUAAAGAACGUUUGAAGUGUUUUGAUGAAUAUGGGGCACAUUUAAGCAUUGGACAAAAAUCAAAAGGUGAAAGUUUAUUGGAACGUGUUGGAACAAUUCAGCUACAAUCAUUACGCAUCUCUGAGAAAACUGAUGUAGAUUUACGUGGCAUGUUUGCUGCUAAUCAAUUGGAUUGGACUAGUUUGAAUAAUACACAAACCAAAUGUCAAAAGUUACCAAACACCAGAAGAUUAUUUUGAAUAUUCUAACAGAAGAAUAAUUUAAGAUCAAUUUUAUUUUAAAAUUUUGUAAAUUUUCUUAUAGUCAUUUCAAAUAAAAAAUUUUGGUAAUAAAUUUUGCUUUUUUUCCUCUUGUAGGUAUUAACUGAAUUCUACUCUCGUGAA